AUUGGUAUAGUGCCGUUCCAAUUCCCCCUUUACAUUUUGGAUUUUGAUCGCACUCGUACAUGGCAUUGCCAAAAGCGCGGGCUUCUCCGUCCUAAAGCGCGCGCGCGCGAACGCGCUCGGGAGUCCAUGCGUACUCUCUCUCCUCCGUCUUGUCUUCCUCCUUAAAAGGAGUUCCGCCGGGGAAAACGACGGGGGCCGGAUGGAAAUGGCGCCGCCGAAGACCCUCCUCGAUCUCUUCCAGCGGCCGUCGAAGCGUCUCAGAGCCUCCUCCCCCUCCUCUUCCCCGGCCGUCGCCAAGUCCCUCUCCGCCGCCCCCGACGGCGGCGACGGAACGACCUCCUCCUCCUCCUCCUCCGAUCUCACGCCCGCUCAGAAGUCCCGCAUCGAGCUCAACAAACUCCUCGCCAAGUCUCGCCGCAACCUCAAAAUCUGCUCCGACCGAAUCUCCCGCUCCAAAGCUGAAGGCGCGGGCUAUGUGAAGCUGGAGGAGCUGUUGGUGGAGGAGACAUGGCUCAAGGCGCUUCCGGGGAGCUAGAAGCCGUAUGCGAAGAAUCUGUGCAAGUUUCUCCAAGCCGAGGCGUCUUCCGCUGCUGGCGAUGUCAAGGGUCAUGUUAUAUAUCCGCCUCAGCAUCUGAUCUUUAAUGCUCUGAACUCGACCUCAUUCGACAGAGUGAAAGCCGUGAUUCUCGGGCAGGACCCUUACCAUGGACCCGGUCAGGCCAUGGGACUUGCCUUCUCUGUCCCCGAGGGCAUUAAGCUCCCCUCGAGUCUUGCCAACAUUUUUAAGGAGCUGAAACAAGAUCUCGGCUGCUCCAUUCCUUCUCAUGGGAAUCUCGAGAGAUGGUCCACCCAGGGUGUUUUAUUGCUCAAUGCUGUUCUCACUGUCAGAAGUCAUCAAGCCAACUCGCAUGCAAAGAAAGGAUGGGAGCAAUUUACUGAUGCUGUUAUUAAAACAAUUUCUAAUGAGAAGAAAGGAGUAGUUUUUCUGCUCUGGGGAAAUUCUGCUCAAGAGAAAAGAAGAUUGAUUGAUGAGACAAAACAUCACAUACUGAAAGCAGCACAUCCUUCUGGUUUGUCUGCAAACCGAGGCUUUUUUGGCUGCAGGCAUUUUUCUCGCACGAACCAGAUUCUGGAGAACAUGGGACUCGAUCCCAUAGACUGGCAAUUAUGAAAGGGAGAUGGGCUUGGAGUGAUGUCCUUUUUUGCGAGUGAUUGUUAUUUUCUGGUGUUAGCUUCACAUGCCAUAUAGAGAGGGCACUUUUUUGACACAGCUGCUGGUUUGCCCUCUUAAUUUAUAUUCCGGGUAGAUUUGUAUGUAUGUAGAAACUAGAAAAGCCUGGGAAGGAACAAGUCUGUUAUUGCUGCCAGAACAGCUCAUUUUGCUGAUGUUCAACAUCAUGUGAAAAUUUAUGGCCAAGAAAAAGCGAUUUGCCACGGGAA